UUUUGUUUUUCAAUUAUUACUUCCCACUUCCAAGCUCUCUGCUUCUGCUUCCCUUUCCUCUGCAGCAGAAGCAGAAAGCAAAAUCCCCAAAAACACAUCUCAUUUUGUUUUUUCCAUCUCUUCAAAUUUGGGCUUCGUUUUUGUUAAUCAAAAUCCACCCAAUAUUCUGUUUUCUCUUUUGUAUUUUUUUUUUUCUGUUUUUUUCUGUUUUUGUUUUUUUAGGGGGAGAGAGAGAAUUUGUUUGUAAACCCAAACAAACAGAUCUCGAGAGAAUGGAGAAGAUUUCAUCGGAGACUCUUCUCCCAGAGGUAGCAUUACAAGGAACGAGCGACGACAUAUCGUUCCAAGUAAUUUCAUUGGUUUGGAAUGCAAUAAAAGCUCCAGUUGUCGUUCCUCUGCUCCGGGUGUCGGUUUUCAUUUGCCUUACAAUGUCGUUAAUGCUGCUAGUGGAAAGGGUUUAUAUGGGAAUUGUCAUUGGUUUGGUAAAGCUCUUCAGAAGAAAACCAGAGAAACGUUACAAAUGGGAGCCCAUGGAAGACGAUAUCGAGCUUGGCAACUCUGUUUAUCCCAUGGUUUUAAUUCAAAUCCCAAUGUACAACGAAAAAGAGGUGUAUCAGCUUUCAAUUGGGGCUGCUUGUGAUCUCUCAUGGCCAUCAGAUCGAAUCAUUAUUCAAGUUCUUGACGAUUCCACAGACCCAGUAGUCAAGGAAUUAGUGGAAAUGGAAUGCCAAAGAUGGGCAAUGAAAGGAGUAAACAUAAAGUACGAAAUAAGAGACAACAGAAAUGGAUACAAAGCUGGGGCUCUCAAAGAAGGCUUGAAAAGAAGCUAUGUGAAGCUAUGCGAUUACGUUGUAAUCUUCGAUGCGGAUUUUCAACCUGAACCGGAUUUCCUUUGUCGAACCGUUCCUUUCCUCAUUCAUAACCCAAAAAUUGCUCUUGUCCAAGCUCGUUGGAAAUUUGUAAAUGCAGAUGAAUGCUUGAUGACAAGGAUGCAAGAGAUGUCAUUGGACUAUCAUUUCACUGUGGAGCAAGAAGUGGGCUCCUCCACUUACGCCUUCUUUGGUUUCAAUGGAACGGCAGGUGUUUGGAGAAUUGCGGCACUGAAUGAGGCUGGUGGAUGGAAAGACCGCACCACUGUGGAAGACAUGGACUUGGCCGUGCGUGCCAGCCUCAAAGGCUGGAAAUUCUUGUAUCUGGGAGACAUUAAGGUGAAAAACGAACUCCCCAGCACAUUGAAAGCCUUCCGUUACCAACAACACAGAUGGUCAUGCGGGCCCGCCAAUUUAUUCAGAAAGAUGGUCGUGGAGAUUAUCACAAACAAUAGAGUAACAGCGUGGAAGAAGGUGCACGUGAUAUAUAGUUUCUUCUUCGUGAGAAAAGUUGUAGCCCACAUAAACACUUUCAUAUUUUACUGUCUUGUAUUACCGGCUACCGUGUUGGUACAGGAAGUUGAGGUUCCAAAGUGGGGAUAUGUUUAUAUUCCUGCUAUUAUUACCCUUCUCAAUUCUGUUAGCACUCCAAGGUCAUUCCAUUUAUUGGUGUAUUGGAUUCUAUUUGAGAACGUGAUGGCGAUGCACAGAACCAAAGGCACUAUCAUUGGAUUAUUGGAGGCGAGUAGAGUAAAUGAAUGGAUUGUAACUGAGAAAUUAGGCGACGCCUCCAAGGCUAAACCUGAUGUAAGAACCCCUACUAAACCUCGCUUAAAGAUCGGAGAAAGGGUUCUGAUGUGGGAGCUUGGAGUGGCAGCUUAUUUGUUCAUAUGUGGCGUUUAUGACAUUUUCUUUGGCAAAAACCAAUUCUUCAUUUUCCUCUUCCUUCAAGCCAUAACCUUUUGCAUCGUCGGAUUUGGAUAUGUUGGCACCUAUCUUCCUUCUUCUUGAUCGGAAUCCGUCACCGUCGCCGCCACCACCGCCCACUCAACUUCUUCUCUCAAUACCCACAAUUUUCUUUUCCCUUAUUUUGCAUGCUCCCAUGCUUCUCUUUAUAUUAUUCGUCUAAUUCUUCAUUAGAUUUAUAUGUGUAUCUUUUUUUUUUUUUCUCUAGCUAAAUUCGUUGCUCUGCAUUAUAGAUUAGUUUGUAAAAAGAGAAAAAUAAAAGGGCAUAAAAAAUAUGGCCUUCUUUUUCUUUC